AUGCAGCAAUCCAGCAAUGCAGCAAUCCCGCAGUCCAGCAAUCACAACAGCAGCAGCAGGAACCAGCAGCAGCAGGGACCACCAACAGAUGCAGGGACCAGCAGUAGCCACCCUUCUCUCAGGCCUCUGGCAUUUUUCUACCCUCUCAAGAGUCCCCAGAAUUCCAAACAUAAACUGCCUUCAGCUGUCUUAGGUGACCUCUGCAAGAGUCAUUCCAUCCUUCAAAAGGUCUCGACCCACAGGUUGAGAACACCUGAUCUAAAGUCUCCCGUGCGCCCCCUCAGCAGAGCAAGACCAUCUCCUCACUAUCGACAUACCUCCUGCUCUCCAACACCCCGUGAAGAUUUGGAUUAUGCACUACCUUUUCAAUGUGAUGAUGACAUGGAAUGCUACCACAGCUUAUGCAGUUUAUUGGCCAAGGACACAGACUCAGUCGUUCUGGCAGUGGGGUACCGAAAGCUUCCUGCCUACCCACAUCCUUUUGGUCUUCAGGACUGUAUAGCUGCCUCAACCCAUUUCCUGAAGAACCUGAAAGCCUAUGGGGUGGACCCCUCCAGGGUUGUGCUCUGUGGAGACAGCAUGGGAGGUGGAGCUGUGCGUGUCAUUUCCCAGACCUUCUUGGACAGAUCAGAUCUUCCACAGAUCCGGGCUCAAAUUCUGAUUUAUCCAGUACUUCAGCUAAUCAAUUUACAGUUACCAUCACAUUUGCAGAACCAAAAUGUCCUAUUCCUCACCAGAAACUUUUUAAACUGCCUCUAUAGGUAUCUAAACAUUGACAGCUCCUGGAGAGAUGCCUUACUUAUGGGAGCUUUUAUUCCCCAUGACAUCUGGAUGAAAUACAAGAAGUUUGUUGGCUCUGACAAUAUUCAUGAAAAGUUCAGGAAGAACAUUCAGCAACCUGAGUUUCCUGGUCCUUUUAACAAGGCUGCCUAUCUAGAAGCCAAACACUUUCUGGAUGUAGAAAUUUCUCCCCUUGUAGCUGAUGAUGAGGUCAUAACUCAACUUCCAGAGGCAUUGCUGGUGAGCAUGAACCGGGACAUUUUCCGAGAUGACACCUUGCUCUACAAGGAGCGUUUGGAAGAACAGGGGGUCCCUGUGACCUGGUACAUCUUGGAGGAUGGCUUUCAUGCAGGCAUAUUAUUCCUUGAUAAGAUUUUAUCUUUUCCUUGUUCCUGGAGUAUAAUAAAUGCCAUUGUGAGUUUCACAAAAGGCAUCUGA